UAGAUAUUGUAAUAAGACGCAGUUAGGCAUUGCGAAAUCUGUGUGAAGUCAUGUGACUUAGAUAUCAUUCCACUCUUCAUUUGUUUCGGUGUCUGCAGGAUUUAUUCAUAUUGAUAAGAAUUCUAGACAACAGGAAAAAAAUAAACACAACACGAAAUUAAAAUCCAGUCCAAGAUAUAACAUUAGAUUUGGAAAGACUUCCUAUAAAUGGAAGGUUAGGACAUCAAUUUUUUUACAAAGUAUAAAGGUUGUCAUGUGACUAAAUCCAAAGCAUUGCCAGUGUAAAUUUUUUAAAUGAAAAAGUGAAGUAAGCGAGCUUGAUGUCACGUGACUAGGUCUUAUUUCGACACCAUCGAGAGUUCUCACACUAACUGAGAGUAUAACUGGAUCACAGCAUCAAUACCCUGGAUGACCUCUGACCUCGCCCUUGAUUGAAACGUUUAAAGAAACUCUCUAAUGCUUUCUUCUUUGCAUCUUGAAAAUCUCUGCACCAAAUUGCACCCAAGUGUCAUAAAUUGGACUUGUAAAUUUGCCCUUGAAACUAUAGUUCAAUUGUGUACUACGCCUUUAUGGCUGGAUAACUUUCAAGUAAUAACCCAGCACCUCUUUUUUGUUAAGGUGAAGCGACACAUAGUCUACAGUGCAACAAAUCCGUUCCUAUGUCAAAGUUAAACUAUAAACAAUGCUGAAACAGGUUGUGAAUAUCUCCGUAAUCUUUUUAAGUCUUGUACAGGAUGCCUACGGUCAACAAAUUUAUCUUUUCCCCUACAACGAAACAAAGAACUGUAACAUCAGUCUUGUGGAAGAGAUGGACACAAUUGUCAUGUAUGGCAAAGUGGAUUUCAAUGGAAACAUACCGGAGUCUUUGGUUGUUAACUUUGACAUCAAAAGAGAAACUAACUCCAGUUUUCAAUCUUUUUGUUUUGUUAAAGUUCCAGAAGACUGUGCUAAACACUUUGACAAGUGCAAUUGUUAUAAAACGGAUGAACCUAAAGUGUUUAAAUUGUCAAUACACAUAACUGCACUUAAAACGAACGAUGAGGCAGAGAUAAGAGCUGAAUUGGUUUACAGAGAAACAUCAUUUUAUAGCGAAAUAAGGAAACUGCCAAUAGUUUAUGGUUUUCAAACAGAUGCGGUGCUAGUCUACGCCAAUGAUCAAUGUAUCAACUUUAAGCAGACUGAUGUUGCAGUCAAUGACAAAAAUGUCAUUAUAUUGUCAGUGUGUCGUGAAAAGUUUGCUUCACAUUGUGAAUUACAACUGACCAACUUGGAAACUGGCACUCUUGUGCAAUCAGGAAAAGACAUUGUUGUCUAUAUCACACACUUUGAAGGCAGGGCCAACUUUAAACUGACAUACUUUGUUUGUACUAUCGAAAGAAACAUCUCAUUUUCAAUUACUACGGGUACAACUGAACUUAUAUUGGAAUGGCUUAAAUUUUUGGCUAUAUUUGUACUCCCACUGACGUUGAUUCUUCUACUCAAAGCAUGUGUAAAGAAAUACGGCAAUCGGGUGUGGAGCUCUAUAAGUUGCAAUAAAAGCAGCCACGAUGAAAACAAUGAAAUGGAGUUACGGCCAUUGAUUAAGGAGACUACUAGGGAUUGAAAUCGAAUGAGAAAUCUCUUCAAAAAAAAAAAAAAAAGAAACACAAGAAUUCUGGAUACGCCUAUGUCUAAUAUAGUGCUGGUGAGUUAAAAGGAGCUUCAUGGAUGCUUGCUACGAUACUUCAGUAUUGGAAAACAUCGGUUACAAAGAAGAAAAAUAUUAUAUAUGUUAUAUUAUCACAAUACACUAACAAUACUGAUGUUUAAAAGUUACACUCCAUUUUUAUUAACGUGAAACAAGGAGAGAACAACCAGCAGAGACUAAUACAAAGUGACUACACACUACUGACACACUUAAGAGUAAACCGUGAACACGGGAACAUACUAAACAAUAGAACAAGGGAGACUACAACAAAACAAACAAACGCCCACACAACAUACAUAAACAUAAAUACACAGAUAAUGUAACAAUAUAUAUUGUAAAUAAAACUGGCAAUGUUAAAAGUA